GUGCUGGGGUUUCGGCGGGACCAUUGUUAAGAAAUUUUUGAAAUCGGUUUCGGUUACUUUUUCUCCAUUUUUUUCAUCAAAUAGCCGGGACCAUUGUUAAGAAAUUUUUGAAAUCGGUUUCGGUUACUUUUCCUCUAUUCGAAAACUCAAAAUAACCGAGUUACUGACUGAAAUAAGGGAGGUAGCUUGAUUUAAGGCUACCCUUCCUUGUUCAACAGUAUCUAGGUUAUUCUCGUCUGUUACUCGCUUAUUUCAGUUUUUCGAAUUUUUUCUUUCAUCAAAGAAAUAAGUAACUCAAGUGUAGGUACCCUGAAAGAGUGUCUCCUCUAAUCUCCGCAGGUGCUAUGGCAGCUGGCGGUGGCGCCAGUUCAUCGCGAAGCAGACGCGUUUCUAUUCUAGACGACUAUCAGCGUAGCCGCUUCGGUGCACCGGGACAGCAAAGUCAAGGUCUUGUGCGUCAGAUGCGUUCUAACUCGAUCAUCCUGGACCGAGCAGCCUUCGCUAGAAACUACCUAGAGGAUGCGCCAAAAGCCGCAGGGGCUGAGGGUACCACGGCGGGAGGAGCAUCCUCGUCUGGAAAAAUAGGAGGUGGCUCUACAACGCGAGUACCCUUGGAUGACGAGCUGACAAAAGACAAGCUGAAAGGUACAAGAACCCACCAUGACGAUGAGUUCUUCUGCGAACCUGUUCCUGGAACCAGUAGCCAAACCUUCGCACAGGCGAAUCCAGAAGAAGAUAUCAUUGUUCUGCCUCUAUUCUAUGGAGGAUGUUUUUUCCAUCCUCACGAGCACGACCAUCCUGCUGGCACUUCUCAUUUCAAGAGGUUUUUUUUUCAAGAGGAAACAAACAGAAGUGCGGGGAAGAUGGUCUGCCUAGAUGGAAAAAGCAGCCUCUUCCAUAUACUCGAGGGCGGCGCAAACUUGUGGGGUCGUCGCCAAUCACAGGAAGGAGCUGGAGGGCUCGAGACGGUGAUGUUCACGGCUCGUUGCAACUGUCGUGACGGAAUCCACACUUGCAUGUCUCCAAGGACGACCCAAGCGACCACGGCUUUAGGGACUGCAUUGCCAAGUACAGGAGCAAGUGUGUUGCAAUCUCAACAUGUGUCGAGAAGGGGCAGUGAUUGGGUACUUAUUGAUUCUUAAAUGCGAAGUUCCACACUUGUGAUGUUGAUCAUAUCGGCAUGGUUUGACAUGUUCUGCUAGUAGCGUCUUGACGUCAGUCACGUAGUACACUUUCAGAAAUUAUCUCUACGGGUGUCAGGAACGGCAUCAUCAGGGAUACACACAUACAAAGUCAAUCGACUUGCCCUUUCUGCAUUUGCGCGUCCUACAUUUGUUCUCUCCUCGUCGUCUUACAUCCUUUGCGAGCUAAGGGCUUUAUUUCUCACCACAAUCACAUUCGCUUUCGCAGCACAACGCCCGUUCUUCGGUCCUCUUCGACAAAGCCUCACCCGAGAACGAAUUACACAUCUCCGUUCUGAAGAUGGGCCCAGGUGGGCCCCUGAUGCACCCAGCAGCUGUCCCGAUGGAGUCUCCCUUAGGGAGGAAAAAAGUGUACUUAGUAUCCUCAAG